ACCCUGCAAUUGUUUUAGACUAUUUUCCUGCCACAUGUCCCUUUUGUCUUAAAAAACCUUACUCUAGUAAACUAUCUGAUUUUUCAGGCAUUACGAAUUUCCUACUUUUUCCAGAGAAUUGAAUCAAGCAGCUCAUAAACAGUAUGGCCAGCAAGUCUGAUGACUUACCCUUGGUAAUGAGUCACACCUUUACCGAUAACAACCUUCAUCACUUUCCAGACAUGACUCUAGAGAGGAUUUACAUGGAUUAUAAUGCUACUACCCCACUGGAGCCAGAGGUGAUUCAGGCUGUUACUGAAGCUCUUCGGGAUGCCUGGGGAAACCCUAGUAGCAUCUAUGUAGCAGGUGCCAUGGCCAAAGCUGUCAUUAAUCAGUCCAGACAGAAUGUGGCAAGAAUGGUUGGAGGUAAAGCAGAAGACAUAAUCUUCACUUCAGGUGGAACAGAGGCCAAUAACCUGGUGCUGCACACGGCCGUGGAGCAUUUCAGGAAGAACUGCAAGGCUGCAGAGCAAGGUGAAGGACAACAAAAUGGAUGCAUAGGCCUACCUCACAUCAUUACUUCCAAUGUUGAGCAUGACUCGAUCAAAAUCACAGCUAAGCACUUACAGAUGGAGGGCAAGGCUGAUGUGACAUUUGUGCCCGUGUCUAAGGUGACUGCUCGUGUAGAGGUGGAGGAUAUUGUUGCUGCAGUGCGUCCUAACACCUGUCUCAUCUCUGUCAUGCUGGCCAACAAUGAGACAGGGGUCAUCAUGCCAAUCCAAGAGAUCUGCCAAAGAAUAAAAUCUCUCAACAAGCAGCAAGAGCGACUCAGGAUCCUGCUGCACACUGAUGCUGCCCAAGCAGUGGGGAAAAUCCCAGUGGAUGUUCAGGAAAUGGAAGUGGAUUACCUUACCAUAGUUGGACACAAGUUUUAUGCCCCUCGAAUUGGUGCUUUGUAUGUGAAUGGUCCUGGAGCCAGAACUCCGCUGUAUCCUAUGCUGUUUGGAGGAGGACAGGAAAGGAACUUCAGAUCAGGCACUGAAAACACAGCAAUGAUUGCUGGUCUGGGAAAGGCUGCAGAACUUGUGACUUUGAAUCUCUCAGAUUAUCAGAGUCAUAUGCGAAGUAUCACACUUUACCUGGAAGAACGACUGCAGAGUGUCUUUAAAGACAAGAUCCGCUUCAACAGCCAUUACCCCGGCUCUGAUGUCCUCCCAAACACAUGUAACGUGUCCAUCAUGGGCCCAGCAUUACAAGGCUGGAGGGUAUUGUCCAACUGUAGGAGGCUGCUGGCCAGCAUCGGCGCUGCCUGCCACUCAGACCGCGGACACAGGCCUUCCCAUAUCCUCCUGAGCUGCGGCGUUCCUACAGACGUGGCUGCGAAUGCUUUGCGUUUGAGCGUGGGGAGGGAGACAACUAAAGCAGAUGUGGAUGCAGUUGUGGAGGACCUGAGGGAAACUGUACAGCUGCUGGAAGACAUGAACUGAUGGCUUUAAUUUGCACUAAGUUCUUCUUUGUAUCAGAUGAUGUGAAGAGUUAAACUUGCACUAUAUUUAUGUUGUAUGAGAUGUUUAAUAUGAUUAAUAAAGGAGGAGAACUUUGA